AUGCACUUCGCUCUUUUCUUGUCCUGGUGCUGCUGCCUGCACGGAUGCGCGCUGGGAACCGGCUUCCUCUAUCAAUUCCCGGCAUCGACCCUGCAGCACAACUACCCCGAGCAGAGCUCGGGCUCGCCGGGCAGCGGCUUCGCCAGUCGCCGGCAUUGGUGUCACUAUACGGUUACACGGACAGUCUCCUGUCAAGUGCAGAAUGGGUCAGAAACGGUGAUCCAGCGAGUUUAUCAGAGCUGCCGGUGGCCAGGACCUUGUGCCAACUUAGUGAGUUACAGGACUCUUAUAAGGCCCACAUACAAAAUGUCCUACCGAACUGUGACGACGCUGGAGUGGAGGUGCUGUCCUGGGUUCACAGGGAGCAACUGUGAAGAGGGUUCCCUGGGCCGCCAGCACGGUCGCUCUUCCAGCCAGGACCAAUGCAUGAACUGCACGAGGUUAGCAGAUAUGACUGAGAGGCUGAACACGCUUGAGGCCAAGAUCCUUCUGCUUGAAGCCGCGGAGCGAAGCCCACCACUGGAAAACAACCUGCCCAUCACUGGGACCACGGCCACCUGGUACGAUGACUUGCUGCCGGAUGCGUUUCCCCUGCUAAAUCCCGGGACUGUCCUGAGGAAAACAGUGGGACCUGUUGAGCCUAAAGGACACAGAGGUGCAGAGGAGCAGCUAAUACCACAGGGGCUGCCAGGACAGGUUGGUCCUCCAGGCCCAGUUGGACCAACUGGUCUUCCAGGACCACCGGGACCAAAAGGCGAGAAGGGACAACCUGGGGAGAGGGGCCCAGCAGGGCCACCAGGGCUGUUGGGACCUCAAGGACCAAGAGGACUUCCAGGAGAAACCGGGAUUCCAGGUCCCCCAGGUCCUCCAGGGCCACCUGCCACCCCGAGCCUCCCACUUACCUUCCAACAAGGGGUUCUCUACUCCCUCCAGCCCACAGCUGAAAAAGAAAAUGGAGAACCCCAGUUGGCUUCCACUGUCAUAGAUACCAUCAUGGCUGGCCUACCAGGACCACGGGGAGCACCGGGCCCUGUGGGACCCCCAGGACCACCGGGUGCAUCGGGACCCAAAGGGCCUCCAGGACCUAUCGGAGUCCCUGGAUCACAAGGCUUACCAGGCUCUCCAGGACAACCUGGGCCCAAAGGCUCCAAAGGAGACCGAGGAGAGAGGGGUGAACCAGGCAAGAAGGGCGAGGAAGGUGAUAAAGGUGCUGAUGGGGAAGGUGUUCAACAACUUCGAGAAGCUCUGAAGAUUUUAGCUGAGAGGGUCUUGAUUCUAGAGCACAUGAUAGGAAUUCAUGACUCUUUAUCUUCCAUUGAGCCAGGCUCUGGACAAGACGUGAUCCCGGGUUCUCCUCUGCGAAGCAGCAUCAAGAUCAAGCGUGGAGGACCUCAGCAGCCUCAAGCCUACCAGAUCCUCUCUUCACUGCUGGAUGACAGUGAAGCCAAAAGGAGAAGCAGUCGGAUGAAGUAGGAGCAUCUCUGUCUUCUCCCUGCUCGUCCACCAGUUAAAGAUACAGUAUCCCAGUGCUUAAUUACAGAGUGCAAAUGAAGUGAGUGGGAAGCUCUAGUAUUGGCAGUUGGAUUUGCUUACCUGGCCAAUGCUAUGCCCUUAUUGCAGGGAGUACCUUACCCCGAGCUUGGAGAGGGUCGUAUGGACACUUUUCUUGAUUUUGUUAUUUUGCCUUUGGAAUACCAGAUGCCAUGUACCCUUGGAAGCCGUCCAUAGCAAUAACACCUCCUGAAUAUGUCUCCAGAGUUUAAUCAUUCCCUUGUUCCCUACAGCCCUUGAAAGUCACUCGGUAAAGCCCUGCUUAACUGGCUGACAUAAUCAAUCCCAACUAGGCUCAAAGCCAAACCUUAACCUUGUCCUUCAGUGUAGUUGGUGGCAUCUGCUUUUGUUUCAUGCAGUGGUGUCAAGCUGACUCCCAGUUGAAGGUAACACUUUCAUAAGCCUUUAAAGCAUUCUUAUCUGCAAGGAUUUCUCUUAAGCAAAGAACAAAUUGGAAAAUUCCAGGAAUGUUUUAUACUGUUCAUCUGAAAAUUCUGAUUACUGUUCAGAAUUCAGCAUCAAAAUCUCUACUCUACAUGUUGCAGAUUGCAUGUGAAUGGCAUUAAUUGUAUUGGUGAAAGGACUUUUGAUGAAAAUGUUGAUAGUGUACACUGACUUCAAUGAGAUCUGACUGUUUCUGUGAAAAUUUAGAGCAGAUGCAAUGGAGUUUUACCAUGCUGUGUUCAUUUUGCACAUACAUACAGAGAAAAUUUAGUAACACCAAUAACUAUUACCAGAAAAUGUAGAGUUAAGAAACAUCAAUAAGGAAAAGUAUUACCAUGGGUAUUUUUAUUCUAUGGGAGAAUCUUUGCUACUUGAAUCCCCAGACAGUUGUAACAGCAAAUCACACUCUGGGAUUAGUCUUGACAGGAGGUUAUCCUGCACUCAGAAGCUAAAUACAAAAUCAUUCUACUAUUUGCAAUAACAACUUUUUGACGAAAGUCCCAGCAUUCAAGGUGAAGAGGCUGAACCUGCCCUUCAGUGACCAAUGAAUCUCUUACACCUUCUGUGCAAAUCCAAUUAGACAAGCCAUUCACGUAGACAUGGAAUUUUGUUAGAAAUGGUAAGACUGAUCGACACAACCAAUGGUACUGUUUUUACUUAGGUGUAUAUAUAUACAUUUAUCACUGUUCUGUCAAAUUUUUACCUGUAGACCAGAACAAAAGCGAGCAAAUUGUGUUUGUCAUCUUAACGCAUCAGUCACAAACAUUUGUUGCGUUCUGUCUGCUUCCUAGUGCAAGGUAUAUAGCUAUCUGAAAGAGGCAAGCAGAACUGCUACAACUACUUUUUGUCAAAAGCUUUUGUAGAAACCACUGUAUGUAUGUAUGGUCCAUGCAUUCAGGAAUCCUCAUCAUCCAAAGUGACCUUUCUAAGGUAAAAACACAAACAUUCUAUACUGGAAAUGAACCUUAAAAUGAAGGAGUUUUGCCAGCCCAUUGACCACGCAUUAAAUUGACCUUUUGCAUAUAUUGUAAACACACAGAGACAUCAUAACACCCAAAUGUUACCUCUGAAGGGCAUCGUAUUUUCAGAAAUGAACAGGAUAAAGGCUACUUUAGAAUAACUGAGUUUGCCAAAUGGGUUCGUUUGGCCCCGUUCCCUAGAAAUCCAACCAUCCUUCUCAAAAUGGGCAAAAUAGCAUAAGUUGAUGCUUAACAAGUAACAGAGAAAACUGUCCACAUGGAGAAGCUUCUACUGCUGUACAGCUACAUAAAUAGCUGAGGAGAAAUCACAGACCAAGCUAAACAUGUAUGCUGAGCAGACUGGUGCAAGCUAGAGGUACUGGCUGUAUUAAGGUUUCAGAUUCAGGAAUUAACCAAGCAAUAUUGAAAAGGUGAAACAUUAAAAUUCAUUUCACUGGUCCUCUGACUUCAGGGUUGAAUCUGGAGCAAAAGAACAAUGGGUCCUUUUUCAUUUCCCUGGCAUUUUGGAGCUUUCACAUUGAAUUGAAAGAGAAAUGUUUUUUCCUCCGAGUUUGCCCUUAUGAAUUCCAAGCUAUUGCAUUAGCUUAAUGAGUACUUUCUUCAUUCAUACUGACUAGGAUUUCAGAUUUUAAAUGAAGAAAUUAUUUAAAACAAAUUAAUGGUAAGAUGAAAGGAAAUGUAAUUGAAGUUGUUUCCAAUUAAUCCUGCCAAGCCAACAGUCAUAAGAUUGGUUAGGUUUGGGUUGCAACAGUUUUAAUUAUUGCCUUUUCUAAAUUGAUUUAAGAGCUAUGUCAGCUUUCGCUCUCCACACUUCUUGCUUUGUUCCUGUAUCACUCUUUCACGUGGUACUGUAUCUUUAAUUUGGUUACAGUGGGAUUAAACCAACUGGACUUUCCCUCUCACCUGGAGUUUCGUUCCUCACUACUUAUGCAAUGGUUGGACCAUGCUCUUGUACAGUCCCAGUUUAAAUAUGCUGUGAAGGUGAACACAGCCUCACACUCAGCAAUUAAUGGCAUUCAUGACUAAGCCAACCACUCCAACCACGUUUCCCAUCUUAGGCAGGAUACUAAGAUUCAUUUAGCCUGGGCAUCUACGCAUCUUGCCAUGUCUGUGUAACUUAGAGAGUGGAUUUAUUUGGAUGCGUGCUCAUUUAGAAAUAUAUUUUAAUUGAAAUGUUUAGUGCUUUAUCUUACAUGCAUACUGUGCAAUACCAUAGUGUGUUCUUUUCCUUUUUUUCCUAAGACUUCUUUGAAAUUCUUCAUGUUUCUUUGAACGCCAGUGUGUUUCUAACUUGGAUCAGUUCUGGUGGUAGAAAUGCAUUCUCCUUGCUGUGAGCUAACCAGAAGCACAUUGCACAACUGAAAAUCUUUGCAACUUGUGCACCCUGACGUUCACCAGCAAUCUGGUACACCUGGGAGGUGGAGAAUACUUCUCUCCAGAGUAUCCAAUUUGCACUUACUGUAAAGAAUUGAUAGCAACCUGGGGAAAUAAGAAUAAACCAGAGAGAAGAACCCUCAUCUGCUCCCACCAAACUGCACAGUAAUUUUCCCAACACCUUCCAUAGGAACAGGGACAGGCCAUAACAAGCAGAUCCAAGUUGCCAGCUCACAAGAACUGGUGCACAUGGCUUCCUGAAAGUUUGGCUCUGGGAUUCACUUUCAAUCCCAGUCUCUUCAAUGAACUGUUUUAAUGUAAUGAACCCGACCACUGUGACAAAGGCUUCCAAAAGACAAUCAGCUUCUGGAAUUACUUCUUAAUACAGUAUAUUGGAAAUUCUUUCUCUUCCAUGUUUACAGCUUCUGCUUUACUCAAGAUUACAUUCCGUGCUUGGUGAUAUAGGGGUUAAACUACUUGCAGUUUCCAUUAUUGCUUUGAAACCAGGCAAUUCAAAGGUGCUAUAACUGUCCACAGUGCACAUUCCCACCCAUAGAAGGAAAUGUUAAUUUUUUCACUACUUAUUUUACGCAGUAUCUUUUUAUUUAUAUCAGUGUGUUUUGUAUGUGUGCAAAUGGUCCCAUUGUAAUAAGCUAUACAACAUUUGGUCUUUAAUAGGGCAGCCAUAGGCAGUAUUUUGCAGUCGUGUAGUUUCUAAACUUAGAACACAAAUAAAUAAUCUCUUCUGACACGAUGAGUUAAUUUAUGGCAGGCUCUAAUGUUUGUUGUAAACACAACCUGUUUGUUCCACCUCUUGCAUGGUUACUUACCUGUUUUCAUAUUGCUAUGUUAUUGUUCAAGAUACCUAUUUCUCUUUAUUUGCUAUGGGUUUUGUUACUGUAUAUGGAAUGUUUUGUAUUCAGCAUUUUCUUACAGAGCAGAGUGGGAACAGUAUUCAAGAACCCACAAAUACCAAAGACCUUUCAUGUAAUGCACUGAGAAAUAAACAUACUGUAAAUGA